AUGGCGCACCCCGCGCGACGACCGUUCCGCACCGACGGGACGAACGUGCGAACGGCCACCGCGUACGCGAACCGCGGUCGACGCGCGACAUCCAUCGGUCUCGUCUGUGGCUGUGCGAUCGCGCUCGUCAUCUCCGUCUCGCUCGCGACGACGAUGGUGACCUCGGCGCGGCGCGCGGUGGAGGUGGAGAGCCUGAGAAAUAGUCUCCACGACGUCCGGAUGCGGGUGAAGGAGAAAGAGCGGGCGUUGGUGGAGAUGAAGACGACGACGGAGGCGCGAUUGCGGCGCGCCGAGGCGGCGGCGGAGCGGGCGCGCGUCGAGGCGGAGGCGAAGGAUGCGGCGGCGAAACGGGCUGUGGACGCGGCGAGGGAGACGUUGGAGACGGUGGAGACGCGCGAGGCGGUGGAGAGACAUCGGGAGGCGGUGGAGGCGGCGGUCGGUGGACAGACGGCGGAUGGGGCGACGGAGCCGCUGGCGAGAGAGGCGGAGGACGCGUUCAGCGAGAAGGCGAUGCGGGACGUCGCGGACGUCGCGAAGGUUGUGAAGCGUGCGAGAGUGGUGAAGGAUGUUGAAGAUGACGAGAACGAGGGUGAGAUUUCGAAGAAGACGGAGGACGAGGACGAGAGGGGGGGGGAGGACGCGUCGGGGGACAUCGCUCGGAAAAAGGUCAAGGUGGCGUUCAAGAGCGCUACGCACUCCGAUCCACUGCUGAAGAAUCUCGCUCCAGGGGCGCCAACGUCCAAAACUACCGCCGAGUUCACGUGCAACGGCAAGGAGAACACUGAGCUUUGGGGAUCCGUCGUAAAGGAUGGUGAGAUCAACGUGCAACAGGACGCCGGAGCGUGCUGCAACUCGUGCGCAGAGUUAAACGUCAACGGUGCGAACAGGUGCUCCGUAUGGGUGUACAAUCCGACGUCAAAGGCGUGCUGGUUGAAGUACGAAGAAGAUCCCGUGAACGCAAAGCCGGCGAACGAAGGUCCAAACGUUCCGUGGACGUCGGGAUACUUUGAUUUGCCCAAGAACAAGCUUGAGCCCAAGUACGAACCUGCGACGGGGAAGAAGGAUCUACCGAAGUGUUUGCACACCAUAAUGACGAGUAGUGGUAACGUCUACAUGAACUGGCAGUCAAGAAUCAUGUACUCGAGCUAUCUCAGACACGCCGCGGAGCCUGGAAGCAUAAUGAAGGCUUUCACGCGCAUCUUGCACAAGGGACACGAGGACGAGCUGAUGCACGAAAUUCCGACGAUGCGAUUCAAUCCGGUGCAAACGAAGUGCGAUGGUUGGUGUGACUAUCCAGUCGCCGAUCGAUCCAAGGCAGUGGCGGAUUGGAUACUGACUGCGGACUCGGAGCGCUGCUCGCACGUGGUGAUGGUUGAGACGGAUCACAUCAUCGUCAAGACUCCGUCACCAAAGAUCCUUCUCCCGCAGGGCGAAGCCAUGGGAUUCAAGUUUGGAUACAUGAAUCCUUCGCAACCGACGCUGAAGAAACUCUAUCCAGAGUACUUUAAGGAUGGACAGAAGAUGCCGCCCACCGGGAACUCUCCCAGCGUCGUCAACACUGUCGACCUGCGGACGAUCGCUCCGCUUUGGUGGAAGUUUGUCAAUGAGACUGAGACGCCGGAGCAGCUUCGAAAGGAGUUGGGUUGGGUGCGCGAUAUGUACGCGUACGAUCUUGCCGCCCUGGCGUCCGGUGUUAAACACACGCUCGCCGAGGGCCCAGAUAGCCUUCUCUUGGCGCAACCUCCGGCGGAUCACGAACUCGGAAACGCGUACAUUUUACACUACACGUGGGGCCCAGAAAUCUACGACAAGGACGAUAAGUUCGUGUGGAAGUUUGACAAGCGUUCGUACGGUGAAGGGCAGUACGGUCAAGGUCCGUACAUUCUUCAGGAGAUUCCCCCUCCGCCUGAGUGGGACGAGUCAAAGGGUCUCCAGUUGCAAGACUUUUUCAGACCGCGCGCCUUGACCGAGAAGCGCUUAGGGUUGAUCAAAAUGCUGAUAGAUGAGUUCAACGUUGCCGUGCGCGCGUUACCAAAAGUUCCGAAAGGCUAUAAUACGAUAGAGGAGGCGCGAUUAUACGUGUAG